AUUUUUGAGAGAGCUUUGAGUUUCACUAUUAUCCUACUUCCUGCUAGCUGUUGACUCUUUAUAUUCUCUCCCUGCCUCUCUCAGUGACACUCUCUUACUACUUGUAUAUAUUUGUCAUCUGUCAUGUCUUCUACUUCUAGAUAUGCUUGUGAUCCACUAGAACCUGGCACCCAGUGCUGUGGAAGAUAUAAUUAUCCUGGACUAUCAGUACAUGAACUGACUUUUAAGAAAGGUGACAUAAUGACUAUCAUUGAAGCAUCAAAAGAUCCAAAUUGGUACAAGGCCCGUCGGUUGGAUGGGGAAGAAGGAAUGAUCCCCAUAAGCUAUGUAUCAAUAUCUCAGUCUCCGCCAGCAUCAGCACCGCCUCCCUUAAAACCGAAAGCUACACAAGUUAAACAACCAACAGAUCUCCUGGAUAUGCCGUGGUAUCACGGAGGUUUGACAAGACGCGAUGCAGAGAAGUUGCUGAUCAAUACAAAAAAUGGUACAUUCCUGGUCAGAGACAGUGCUAAUUACACUGAUGACUAUACCAUUAGUCUAUCAUAUGCUAACAAUGUUGAGCACUACAGAGUGUGCAAAGACAAAAGAGGGAGUGUAACAAUAGACAAAGAGACACAUUUUAAAGAUCUUGUCACCUUAAUCAAACAUCAUCAAGAAAAUGCUGAUGGUCUUUGCACUCGUCUGAAAUUUGUUUUAGAAAAGACUAGCAGUGGCUUAAAAGACGAAGGCACGUAUAAAAUAGUUAUAAUACCAGAAGAUGAGCUAAGAGUUAUCUCUGUACUAGGGAAAGGAGAGUUUGGAGAUGCCCUGUGCAUGGGAUUUUAUAAAGAAACACAAGUGGUUAUCAAACUCCUUGAGAGCAUCAAAGGAGCUGGACCCACUCAGCAAUUUCUAAAUGAAGUUUCAAUAAUGAUGACUCUCAGACACCCAAACAUCAUUGAAAUUAUUGGGAUUUCAUUGGAGAGUCAGCCCAUAUGCUUGGUUAAAGAGUUUGUAGCUAAAGGAUCACUUGAGCAAUUUUUGAGGUCACGGAGCAGAGCCGUUGUCACAAAAAGUCAAUUAAGCUUUGCCAGAGAUGUCUGCAAUGGAAUGGCCUACUUAGAGUCCAAAAAUAUAGUACACAGGAACGUUACUGCUCGUCAUAUCCUACUAACAGAUGCCCUUACAGCCAAAAUAUCUAAAUUUUGGGUUACCUGCAAAGGCAAGAGUUGCUCAGUAAAAUGGGCAGCCCCAGAAACAAUUAAAAGAAAUGUGUUUACUAUCAAAUCGGAUGUUUGGAGUUUUGGAAUACUUUUGUGGGAAAUUUAUUCAUGUGGCAGAUUACCAUAUCCACGAAUUCCUACAAAUGAAAUUACUGAGCAAAUUGAUAAAGGGCAUCGAAUGGAUCCACCUGAAGGAUGUCCUGACAACAUUUACCGAAUUAUGAGGCAAUGCUGGAAUGCUGAUGAAAUUGACAGACCAGCCUUUCAUGAAAUAAAGAAGCUCCUUGUAUAAACUGUGUCUAAGGAUUGGGAUCACUUCAUCUUGAUGGUGUUUGUGCUUGUUUUUUUUUAUUCUUCAUUUUUGCACACUCAAAUAUUUAUCAUUAUUUCAAAAAUAGUUAUUGAUGUGUCUUUUUUAAUAAGCUUGUGUCCAUUAUAAUUAUAA